CUUCUCACGCGCCCCAAAAACCCCUCGGUUCGGUAUGCAAUGGAUUCUGCGCAGGCGAAAAGAGUAUCUAAAGCCUGUGACGCGUGCAAGCUGCGGAAAGUGAAGUGCAACGGGCAAGAGCGGUGUCAGCAAUGCAGUCACCUCGGCUUGAGAUGCGUUUAUUCGGUGUCCAACAAGACGCGCUCACAGGGCAAGCGGGGACGAAUAAUUACUGAAUACAAAAACAAGACGUCUACUACGGCUGUUACUUCUCCACCUAUACUGCCAGCUAUUGCGGGACAGGUUGCACUGCCGCAGCGGGGUCCUGCUGUGCCAUUCUCGGGCGAGCUAGAUGGAGUGAAUUCGUCACCCAUCGAGCCCGGCUUUCAAUAUGAUCAAUCCUUCUUUCUGGACCUCAUUCAUGACUACAUAGAGGGCGUAUAUCCCGUGCAGCCAGUCAUCACAGAAGCGGAACUCCGGGAACACAUUGCAUCCAUGGACGUGGACCAAGAGCUACGGACGUUCGUAUGUGCUUUUGGGGCAUGCACCUUGAAUCUCACGCGGGCGGGUGAUAAUCGAACGGACGAGGUCCUCCACAAUAUCGAGACCCUGACGAAUUAUGCCAUCUCGACCUUGAAGCCUGUCUACAAAACGUUCCGGUCUUCUGUCAUCAGAGCGAUGUCUUCCAUGUUUAUACACAACUGCCUCAUGACCAUGUCGGCCAGCGAUGCCGCCUUCCACUACCUCCGGGACGCCAUCACCGCUGUCCAGCUACUGCGGAUCGACAACGCCGAUACUAUGGCUCAAUUAUCGCCACCGGAACGGUCUCGGAGACAGCGGCUGUACUGGCAAGCUUACAUCCACGAGAGAUUCGUUGCGAUACUCGACUACCGCGCAGCCAUUCUACCACCUCUGAAUGCUUUGCCUGAGGCUGACCCCAACAUUCCGCUUCAGGUUCAUGAUGGCUUCAUUCAGAUCAUCAAGCUGUUCCGCCUCUUGGAUCCUGAAUUCAUACAGAACUGGCUGGGGAGUCAAGGAAAUGUCACGUCCACUUGGAUUGAAGAGAAGACUAGAGAGCUCGAUGGCGACGAGGAGGGUAUUGCUCGAGAGAUGGCCAAUCUUUCCACAAUGCAACGCGCCGACCUUGCCAUCACCCGAGAGUGGCUCAGAACGCUAAUAUGGCGAAUGGCAAUGGGCAAGUCUUUGCUAUCAUCCAAGUCGUCCAAAGAGUGCCUCUCUCUUCUAUUUCCCGUCCGACUGUCGCAGAACCUUCGACAACAAGUCACCAGCAUGUCCCGGCACGACAUCGAAGUGCACGGCAGCAGCAUCGUCCAAAAGCUCUUCGAAAUCACUGACACCAUCUCCGACGUCCUCAUCCACGUCCCUGCCGCCACGCUCGAAGAAACCUCCCUCCGUAUCGACGAUUUCCUCUUCAUCCUCGACUUCGUCCUCCAAUUCCCGACUCUAGACGCCACGCGUCGCGGGAUCCUCCUCGAAAAGCUAGAGCGGCUGCAAAGCCUGUUCCCAGAAGUCGUCAGCAAUGCAAGCUCGCCCAACCUCCCAAUCGAGUUACAGUCACCGACCACCGACCCCUGGUAUCAGGUCGCGCAGUCGAAGAUUGGUCCAGACGCGGAGGUGGAUCCGGCGGGGCUACAGGGCCUCGCGCCCUUGCCGUAUAUGGGCCAAUCGCAGCACCAUCCCAAUGCGCACCAACAUGCGGCCACUUGGAACCAUAUCUCGAGACGACUGUCCAUGGCGCAUUUUCCGGCUAGCUGAUGUGGAGACGCUCGUGUUCAAACAUGUCAUUUUGGUGUUGUUGCAUAGCUUGAGCAGGGUAUCAUGUACACGCACUGCAUUUUCACAUGGUCAUUGAAGGUGGGAACAAAAAAAUCAUAUUGUAUGUACACAAAGUCUAUUGCAGAACCUGAGGAGAUGCGAACGAACGAAAAAAGCACGAUCGA